CCAGGACCCCCACCUCUUUCCUUCACACAAACACAGUUCUGAUCAUAUUUCUCACACACAAACACAACAAACACAGUCUUUGUCAUUCUCUCUCUCUAAUCUUCAUGGAGUUUGAUCUAAGCUUCUCAGAGAAAAAUCCCUACCUUUCUGGGAUUUACUCUGACAUCAAAUCAGAGAUCCCCAUAGAGGAAAACACCACCUUCAUGUGCCAAAACAAUUUCAGCCAUUUUCAGCACCUUUCCCUAAAUGGUCCAAACCAUGAGAACCCUGCAAGUUUUUUCACUGAGGGUUCUUCCUCCUUCAUCACCCCAUUAUUCUCUUUGUCCUCAACAACUCCUCCUUCAAGCUACCCCAAUGAUCAGUCCCUCAAAAGAGGCUUUGUCAACACCUAUUACCCCAUGACUUUUGUACCAAACAACACCAAAGUUGAACCCAUGUAUGGCCACCUCAACACCAGCAAGGGCAUCUGGGACUUUUCCCAGAAAAUUCCCUUUCCCUCUGGUGCAAGUGCAACUUCACAGCCUCAGGUGCAGAGAAGGAGCAUUACUGUCAAAUUUCAGAACCAGAUUAGCAACAUAAUCAAAGGCCAGUGGAGUGCUGAUGAGGACAGGGUCCUCGUCCAAUUGGUGAAACGUUUUGGACUGAAAAAAUGGUCUCAGAUCGCGAGGUUGCUGAAUGGCCGGAUUGGGAAACAGUGCAGAGAGAGAUGGCACAAUCAUCUCAGGCCAAACAUUAGGAAGGAGUCAUGGAGCGAAGAGGAGGACAAAGUGCUGAUCGAGGCUCACAAGGAACUGGGGAACAAGUGGGCGGAGAUCGCGAGGAGAAUGCCAGGGAGGAGCGAGAACACCAUCAAGAACCACUGGAACGCCACAAAGCGUCGACUGUACGCGCGGAAGCAGAGGAUCAAGCGCACCACUUCCAAGGGAGCAACCACUCUUCUCCAGAGCUACAUAAGGCAAGUCACCGAGGCUGAGAACAACCACCUCAACAAACCCAUCAACAACAACCUCCACCAACGCCCCUAUCGCGUUCGCUACGAGAGCUCCGAGGGUGGCUUCACCUCCGAGGAGGAGGAACCUGCCUGGCACCGCCACCUGCCGGUCGCCAAUGAUGACUAUGUGCCCGUCAUGCUCACCUCCGAGGAGAUGGCCACUGCCUCUGCGGUGGAGGCUGGCGCAGUGGAUUAUGGGGUGGCCAUGGAGAAGGAGAUGGAUCUCAUGGAGAUGAUCUAUCGUAAAGCUGCUUGAUGCAUGCAUGCGUGGUUUUUGCCCUGAUCACAUACUUUCUUUCUUUUAUUUCUUCUGUUGCGUUCUUUUUCUUUUGCUUUGUCCACUCUGGAUAUUACUGUGGCUUUCGGUUAUGUUUGUCUUGUGAUUUUCAGUUUCAUGUCGCGCGAAGACUUCGGAUGUUGGUUUGUUUUGCUUUUGUUUCGGCCUAUGUUGUUUGGCCUCGUAUGGGUGCAUGACUGCUGUAGACUUUCGUUUGAGUUAUAUAUGAUCA